GAAGCACAUUGUACCUGAUUUAAGCAUGUGCAUUUGAGCUACCCUUCACUGAGUUAUCGUUACAGUCAUAACCAGUUCCAUACCAGUUUGAAACAUGUGAAAGCAUAAGCUAACUCUAUGAUUGCUUCUUUCUGGGGGAGUGAUGCAAGAACUCCGUCAUACAUUGAUGAAGCGCUGGGGAAGUGUGUAGUUGUACUGACAAAGACAACAUAGCUACAUAGCUACUCGACUGAAAGCAUAAGUAAGCGUGAUAAAUGUAAACGCUCUGUGGAAAACUUCUCAUAGCUACCAUUCCAGCCAAUCAAGAAUACACAGAAAAAUGUAUAGCCUACCGUAGACUAGCCUAUAUCACUAAGUAAUGACAAAUCAAAAAGUUUACCGGUUUCGCUUCGUUCCUAUCCUACCCAUUUGAAAUGGUCGUUUCGAGUUACAAGACAAUUGAAUAGCCUACUAAACAAAAUCUGACAGAUUAUUCUCAAAGAUUAUGUUGAGAGACAUUGAAUGACCUCUGUGAAUGAAAUGUGCUAUAUAAAUAAACUUGACUUGACUUGACUUGACUUGACUUGAGUAAAUAAAAAAAACACUUCCAUUUAUUUACGAUACAAAGUCACACAGUAUCUGUCGGAAGGAAAAGCUGACCGCCAAAUGAACCCAUCUGAAAGGAUUUGUACAUAGCCAGUCUAAUGUAGACCACGACCUAGGAGGGAGACGAAGGAUUUAUUUAGAUUUCCAACACAGAUUUCCGUCUUCUUAAACACAACCUUACAUUAGUCGUUAAUGCGACAUUAGCUGGAGCUAUUAAUAAACAAAAACAUCCAGAGGCAGGGUUCUAUUAUUAAUCUUCAAACGCACAGUCGGCAUAAAGGCGUCUUCCCCAUACCCAAAGUAUAAACUCGUUCUAGAAAUCCAAGUUGUCGUCUUCAGGGUAUGGUGCUAGACUUGAAAGCGCCAAAAGUUGAUGGGUUUUCGAUCAAUUGCUGGUCCAAAAUAUCCGAUCCAUUUGACUGAAGCCUCGGAUACCGAAGAGUAACUCCUUGUAAAUUCGGCUUCAUGGAGAUUUGUAAAGGAGAGCUUUGCGUGUGACCCCUCCCCUUGCUCUGCCCUAAAAAAAACACAAAACCGUGUGUGUGUGUGUGUGUGCGUAACGCGCGCGCGCAGUUUGUGAGGCAGAAUUGCGUGCGAAGAGCUCGACUUGUCAUUCGGAGGAAUCUGCCACCUGAAACGCGAGGAAGUGAGCGGCGACUCAAUUGGGUAUAAAGCAUCAACCACAUCUGCCUCGAGCGUAGCAAACUGAUGAAAACAUCAGUUUGGAGUUGCUUGACUUUCUCUCGGUCGCUCCUCUGGAAUAACCGUUCAUUUAUGAAACCAUAAAUAAUUUUUCCUUGUCAAUUGAUAUCCAAUAUUACCAUUAUACUGGAACUGGGAUAUUCUGACAGAGAGACCUGGUAAGUUGAUUUGCUUAUUUUGUUCAUGCUAAUUUUUAAUUCUGGGAUGAUUUUGUGUGCUGUAACCAAAACCUUGUGAGUCAGUACUUGUUUGCUAAUUGUGGGUCAAACGUUUUUUGGAGCGUUUCAACGAUUGGCUCCUGGCAGUAAACAACAGCCACAUGGCACCGACAUGGCUUACUUUAAAACUUGAGAGUUCAUUCACAUUAUCACUUAUCUUUUAUUAUGACUAAUAAAGUAUAGGCAUAUUGCAAUUAUUGCAAUUUCUAAUUGCCACUGAUGUUUUCAGUGUGUAGAGCACAGGCACAGUCGAGGACUUGAUGCUUUUCUCUAUCAUGUCUUUAAAAAACAUGACAUUUGCAUGUGUUUUCAGCGCACCUGUUCCAUCCAAGGAGCGCCGCACCAUGAUUCCGCCUGGAGACUGCAUGUAUGCCGGUAGAAAAAGAAGGAAACCGAUUCAAAAACAGAAACCGGUUCCGGUAAAUGAGAAGUCCAACCCGUCCAAGCGGCACCGAGACCGGCUGAACGCAGAGCUGGACCGGCUGGCCAGCCUGCUGCCGUUCUCCCCUGACAUCAUCACCAAACUGGACAAACUCUCCGUCCUGCGCCUCAGCGUCAGCUACCUCAGGGUCAAGAGCUUCUUCCACGCCAAUCCCGACAAAGCGACCCGCAAGCACAUCAGCCAGCCGCCCAAUCAUGACAUAGGGUCAGAGGGGCCGCCAUCCAUCACUGGAGUCACCGAGAGCACACUCUUGCUUGAGGUGAGAGGCACGUGGAUCAGCAGUGAUGGGGAUGGAUAUUUCUGUCGUGGAAUCCACCAUCAUGUUCUGGGCUUCCAUCAGACGGACGUGAUGCACCAGAAUGUCUUUGACUACAUCCAUGUGGACGACAGACAGGAGUUCCGCAGGCAGCUCCACUGGGCCAUGAACCCCACGCAGCAGAGCUCCCACCACCCCCAUUCAGCUGCAGGAACUGGUGAGGACUUUGUGGUGAACCGGCUGUUUCAUUCUCAAGAGGCCGGCGGCGUCUCUCCGGAACUUUCUCCCUUCCUCAACCGCUGCUUCAUCUCCAGGGUGAGAUGCCUGCUGGACAGCACCUCCGGCUUCCUGACCAUGCAGUUCCAGGGCAGGCUGAAGUUCCUGCAGGGGCAGAAGAAGAAGACGCCCUCCGGUGCCCCCCUGCCCCCCCAGCUGGCGCUCUUCUGCGUGGCCGUGCCCCUUCUGCUGCCCUCCAUCACCGAGAUGAAGAUGAAGACGAUGAUGAUGAGGGGCAAACAGAAGAGCGGCAGCAACGGAAUCCUCACCGCACUGGAGCACAGUGAUGAGCAGUACCGGCGGCACGCAGUGGCGGACGUGCUGGGGGACGGCGGGGAGGCUCUGCUGCUGAACUGCCCGACCCCGGUGCUGCGGCACCACACGCCCUGGACCCCUCUCUCCAAGGACAGCGGCGGCGGAGGCCUCAAGUACAAGAGCGACGGCUACUACACCAGCCAGGACGAGCCGCUCAACUUCUGCAAGUCUUCCGGGGCGACGGGUCUGAGGGGUCACGUGCCGGACGGAGGCUGGCCACUGAGGGCGGGCGGGGUGGCUGGGCGGGCAGUUACCGCUGCAGCCUCAACAUGUCCCCACGCCCGCCUGGGCCUGGGUGGGGGGCACAGCAAGCCCUACCGCAUGUCGCCCGGCUACCACCACGCCGCCCGGCCGGACCUCUACGUGCCCAGGCCGUACGGGGGUGGAAGUGGGGCGGCGUGCGACGAUGACAUCGAGGGCUACUGUGCAGUGGACGGCAUCAAGAGCGAGAACGGGGGCUACGAGAGCCAUGGGGGCGUGUGCUACGACGGACGCCUACUGCCGCAGAUGCCCAUCAAGGUGGAGCAGGACUCGGACUCGGAGAACGGCUGCGACGCCUACGGCCGGCCGUGGGGCUGCCGCCAGCCGCUGGACCGACGCUACGGCGGCGGGGGGGUCUACCAGGGCAGCGGGGGCGGCGUGCUGAUGAAGGCAGAAGGGGAGUUCUACGAGCAGUACUCCCCCUGCCAGAGGAGCAAAGCCAUCAUGUCGCCCGCACCCUUCAACGGCCACUACCAGAACCUGUGCGGCAGCGGACCUGGCCCCGGGUCCGGCGUGGUGGGUCGUCCACUCAAGUGUGUCCGGAACAAGGAGCCCCCGGCGCAGGCCACCCAGUUCAGCCCUCCGCAGAGGCUCGGCCCGUCCGACCCGCUCUGCGGCAGCCAGACGGCCAACUGCAUGGACGCCCACGGAUACGGCGGCGGCGGCUACGGACCGCAGGACUACAAGCUGGGCUACGAGGUCAAAGGUCACGGGCUCCUGCACUCCAUCAAGCGCGAGCCCAUGGACUCCCCACCGUGGCACGAUGGGAUGGAGGAGGAGCAAGAGGAGGAGGAGGAGGCGGAGGAGGAGCAAGAGGAGGAGGAGGAGGCGGGGGACACGAGCCGCCACAAGUAGCCCUGCAGAGGGGCGUCUUGCCCAACUGCAUGAUGGGAAAUGGGCCGCACAAAACCAACCCGUACGUCUACAUGCAGUAGACGCUCACGCAAACCAUCUCGCAAUGCACUCCGUCACUAGCGCACAAUCUCUACAGACUGGUUCAGCUCAGGUUAUCAACUCUUUGUUCGAGUGGAGAUCGUUAUGUUUCUCUUUGUUCAUUUGUUUGUCUGUUUUGCUUGUAUUAUUUGUUUUGAAAGGAUGAUGUUUCAAAUAUGCACUUUUACUAUAGAGUGAAUAUAAACUCUUUUCCUGACUCACACCAUUUCUGUUGUUAUGUGCGAUGUUCUACAGUACACUGGGAUGUUCUACAGUGGGAUGUUCUACAGUGGGAUGUUCUACAGUACAGUGGGGUGUUCUACAGUACAGUGGGGUGUUCUACAGUGGGAUGUUCUACAGUACAGUGGGAUGUUCUGAAGUACAGUGGGGUGUUCUACAGUACAGUGGGAUGUUCUACAGUACAGUGAGAUGUUCUACAGUGGGAUGUUCUAGAGUACAGUGGGAUGUUCUACAGUACAGUGCGAUGUUCCCAAGUACAGUGGCAUGUUCUACACUAAAGUUAGACAGUUGACUGUUCCUCUGUCACCUUUAGGGAGUGAGUGAGUGAGCUUUUGGUUUAUACCACAACACAUGUACAAAUGUUUGACUAAAUCAAAACUCUUUUUUUUUUCUUUAACGUUUUAAGUUGUUUAUUUUGUUGAAAUAAAUGAUCAGUGCAACAGGUGUAACAGUUAAUGCAUGCUUAUUUCUAAUCAGGUUUCUUUUGAAGACUAAACUGAAGGAUUGGGUUUUUAAUGAAUGGUACUGUGUACAUAUUUAUGUGAGUGUGUGUGUGUAUGUUUGUUAGUGAGAAUGGGAAUGGGAGUGAAUGAGUGUUUGUGUGUGUGUGUGUGUGUGUGUGUGUGUGUGUGAGAGAGAGAGAGAGAGAGAGAGAGAGUUUGGAAGGUUUUGUAUUUUAUAUCAUGUUUUGACAAUGCUGCACUAAUUCUAUGAUCAUCAAAUGCCCCAUUUCAAUAUUUUUUGUAGUCAUAAAAAUGCAUCCAGUCCUUAUGUUAGACAUAUUUGCAAUUUGUUCUUUGAUGAGAAACAUCCUUCAGUGUGACUACUGUGUUUUUCUUCUAUUGACUUAAAACUUGCACUACUGCGACUGGAUAAUCUGUAGGAUAUCUACCUAGACUUAAUGUCAAAUUGACAUGCACAAACAUUAUGACACCACAUUACAAUUUUAAUUCGAUGUUUGUAAAGGUUUUUUUUAAUCCAUUUGAGGUCCCGUAGUGAGUAUUUAUUGUCUUGGGGGUUUGUGUAUUUAAACAGAGUUUCUGUUUCACAAAGGAUUAAAGAAGACUUUUAUCUGUACUAUUACUCUGAUGCAUUAACAACAACAACAACAACAACUUGUUUUCUUGUUACUUUUCUGUGAGGCUUUUCCAAAACAUGUUGCAAUAAAAAAAACAUAAAAUGUU